AUGCCUCCACGAAAGAUAAAAAAGGAUCCAGAGGUUACGAAAAUUGUUGACGCUAUCGAAGAACCUCUCCGCGAACUAAUUGAUGAUUUGAAACGAAAACUUUACAAAGCCGCAAAAGACACAGCACGAGCAGAAACAACCCGGAUUUUGUCCAAGAUUCCGAAAGAAUAUCACGAUAUGCCAAUCAACGAAUUUCUCCAGUCAUCACCAGCUGGCCUGCUCGAAGCUCUGAAAGGUCUCGAAAUCCAAGAAGAUUCUGAUACUGAGGUGGAAAGUGAGCAGAGAGGUACAGAAAACAUUGAGAAUCAAGAUGAAAUGGAGAUGGACGAUGCGGCACAUGAAACAAGCAUUCCGAUUGCUCAUUCAGGACAGAAUUCUGGUAGAAAUACGGCCACGGAACCGCACCGCAACGAGAUAAUUACACCAGCCGGACAUGUUUUCCCGAUUCCAGUUCUUCAUCCGCACAAACCUUUCCGUAAUCCACAUGCUCACGAGGAAAUCGCUUUUUCAGUGAAUGGAUCACCUUUAGUUUUGGCAGCAAAUUCGACUAACAAAAAGAAGCCAGUGAGAUCAACCACGAAGAAGGGCAUCGCUGAAUCUGGCCUCCUCGUCCCAAAAGAUGAAGACCUCGGUACUUCCGUCUAA